CUUGACUUGAAUCUCCCUUCCAAUUUAAAACAGAGGACGCUUAGUGGAAUGGAUCUCAAACAUGUAUAUAAAUAGAUCUUUCCUGUUUGGUUCUUUCCUGUCAAUGCCUAUCCCCGCAACGCAUGCUCGCGUUCGCAUUCUACAGUAUCCGCUACUCGUUUAGCAUUGCAAUUUGUUUCUAAAAUCAAGCAGCAACAGGUAACAGAAGGCAGAGGCAUAAAUUAUCUCGGUCAAUUUUUUUUUAUCUUUUUUUCAUUAAAUAAAAAAAAAGUGGGAACAUGAUUCGAUUGCCACCGUCAGGCAUCUCUAUUAGUGAAGACGAUCUUCAGUGUCACCUCCAACGGAUUCUGCUCCGCCACACACUGGUCGCUUCGUUCAGCAGGCUAUGUAUAGACUGUGAGGAUUGCUUUCAAGAAGAUGCCAGAGUGUCCAGUGCACUUCGAAGUGCCUGUUCUUCUGCUGAUGGUUCGGAUGCAAGCUGUCGAGCUGAUUCCGACCCUGCGUUCGCCAAUGGAUCUUCACGCCCACAUCGUAGAGCUCAUGCCAGUGACAACGGCACCAGAUCCUUCACAGGCCUGGGAGCAUAUCUCCCUGGCUUCCCGCAAAGUACGGGAGAGGUUGCCAUCACCGAGGCUGGCCUUAAAGAAGUAACGGGACCAUCCAUGUCCAAUGCUGGCCCUAGCUGGUCUGCUUCAUUCACACCCAACAGGGUCAACACAGUGACUUGCCAGUGGAAACAAGCUCAUUCACCAGAUGGGUUGGCUCUCCCCAUAAGUGGCAACGCUGAAAGAGCUCCAAAUCAUUGCUUGUCGCCCUGGAAUCUUGAAGCAAACCACUCCGUCCCGUGGAAAGAUCACCGACCUCCAGCGGACUUCCCAGAAGACCCAGCUCUGAUCGUCCGCACAACACCUCAGUGGGCAUCACACAAAGACACUUAUUUCGUAGAGCUACCUCUGCUUCGAAUCUUCAAAGGUGUCUCUGGUGAAACUGACAGUGUCCCGGUCAGUGAAGUACCUGUCAGCUGCCUUCUCGGUCAAGACAAGGGCAAGGAAACCGACUCAAACAAACUCCGUUUAGAGACGAGAAAUUACCUGGAUCUUUCAGUCAACCGAGAUACAGAAUCCGCGAUGGUCACCAGCGUCCCUUCACAACUCGCGUGCCCAGCAGGUUCUGUGCCAGAUAAUAUUGAAAACAACAAAAAACCACAAAGUCCUAGAUCUCCAGAGAUAACAAGUGGGUUUGAACUUGGAUAUCAUCGUACAAUCGUCGGCAACUCUCUACUACGUCGAGAUUGCCGCUCGGUCUCCUCCGCGACAACAUACACCGGUGCGGGGCCUUCCAACGAUUCUCAUGUGCGCCCUGAGAGCAACAUGGAUGGAAAGAUCCACAGAUCUACCAGAGUUAAUAUUAGUGCUGACGAUCCACCCAAGCCGGAGAAUGCGUCAACUUUGGCUCCCGCUGCUGACGUUGACCAAGCCCCAGGCGGAAUGGAACUCCGUCACAACCAGACUCCAGAGCCCCGAGGAGCGGUUCAGGAGGGUCGAAACAGCACAACAUACGGCACCCACGUGCAUUUCGGAUUGGAUGGUGCAACUGAUGAUGGAAUCUUCUCCUGGGCCUGUACCACAAAUGACAGAGUGAGCCAUGACGUUUCUGCGAGACCUGCCCGGAAUACUGAUAGGCAGGAGGAACCUCCAGCAUCGGUGAAUCGACGUGAAACGAGGGAUGACCCGCAAGGUGGGAGUGGGAAUGGGAAUGGGGGUACCGCAAUUCCAGAUGAUGUUGCACCUGUACGCGUCGAUCUUGUCCAACUUGAUAUGCCGCUGGAUCAAACUAACAUGCAUCUGUCUGCGUUGUAGCACCAGCAUGCAGGAAGACGUCAGGUCGAUGCCUUGCCCAAUCAGGAAAAUGCGACCACUCGUCACACUCAGUGGAACAGCCAACAAGCGACUGCGACCGCGUCUAACAGCAGCGGCGGAUUGGAGCUUGAUGAACGGGCUCACGGCCAAACUCCAUUUGUAAGUUCUCCCAUGCCGAUCAGCCGUCUCGCGUAUAUUAAUAAAGCAUUGAAUCGCAAAAUAGGACGCACAUGAACUCCGCGAAAUUGCGGAGGAAUCGGUGAUUUUUCAACACUAUUUCAACAAUAUGGUUGCGCAACUAGACAGGGAGAGCGAGGCGGAGGCCGAAAUUUUCGGCAUGGCACAGCUCAGGCGCCAGCCGUUCGGUUCGUGGUACAACCGGCCAUGAUUUGAAGUCGAUAUGUCUGUCGCAAAAUCUGGUGUCAGCACUGCAGCCAACGCUCUGGUGUUUGGUGUGCUGGGAACCGGGGACUGCACAGCCUUCCUUGAUCCAAAAAUAAAGCUUUAGUAUCUGCAGGAUUACAUAGGUGUCUACGAAGUAUGAUAUUAUGAAUAUGAUAUUUGCGCAGUGAUUUACACUGUACAGCCAUG